AUGUCAUUUGUGACUGAAAGAGAACGAAGAGCCAAUGCGGGAAAUCGCAUGCGGGCCCUGCUGGAUCAGGAAAUGGACAUGGAAGUGCUUUUUGAAGAGAAUGAAAGCGAUGACGAAGAAUUCAUUACAAGACCUGAGGAUGAGCCUGAAGAUCGCCUGGAUUCCGAUUUCGACAUCAAUUCAUCGGAAGGCGAAGAGGAACAGGAAGAGCUAGGGAAAGAACAAGAUAAAGUUAUUCAGCGAGAGGAACGUCAGACACGGAGACCAGCGUUACGGCAUCAGGAAUUCCUUCACAAGCCACGUCCAAAGGCGGCGGCGGCCGCUGUCAAGAUGAAACCUAGACCUGUCAAGGUGGUGCGAGAGGCAGAAGGUCAUUUUGCACCUCGACAAUCACUGCGUACCAAUACCGUAUUGAACCGCAUUCAGGUCGAAGAGCAGAUACGCGAAAGUAAGAUGCGGCGAUCUCAGUUACCCAAGCGAGAUCGGCCCACCACACGUCAUUUGACACAGGAAGAAUUGUUGGCCGAGGCCGCUAUUACGGAACAACAAAACAAGGCGUCGUUAAAACAAUGGCAACAGAUGGAAGAGGAACGACGAGCGAAAGCCAAGAAAAAGGAUACCCGAGCUAUCACCGGUCGAUUUGUACGAUUUCACUCACUGACGGAUGGGAAACCGGAAGAACGACCUAAACGACGCAAAAUCAUGCUCAUCGCAUCCAAAGACGAUGGCGGGAAUGCGAUGACCGAGAUUACCGAUCCUGAUGCAGUGGACUGGCAGACCAAAUGCGAUAUUGGGGAAAGCGAGAUGGUGGGGCGGAAUUUGGUCUCGUUCCUUGAAGCUCGAUCGGCCGAGGAAAUGGAACAAGGCGAGCCCGAGAUCAAUACGAGUGGAUUGAACGAUCGUCAACUGGAUCGAGUCGACAUUAUACCCGAGUUAGAGGACUGGCUCCAUCGGGACCCAAGGCCUCUUCAUCCCGUUUUGUGUCCCAUCACAGGCACCGCGGCUCGGUACCGCGAUCCAGCCACACUGACGCCUUUUGCUGACAAGGAGACGUACGCAACAAUUCAAUCGUGUCUUUCCAAUGAAUGGGUGUGGUGUCCGUCGUUGGGCAUCUAUGUUGGGAAACAAGGUACACGUGGAGCCACUGGAGUUCCUGAAGGCUGGCAACGCAUGUUAACAGGCAAACGUCAAGACGAAGGAGACUGGUUAUCCGAAGAUGGCCAAACACCUCAGUAUCCCAAAUGGCUGGCCAAUAAGAAAACAGGCCAAGCAUCUUCAUCAUCACCCACGACCCGACGAUCCCGUCACCUUUCCUCACCCUCCCCUUCAUCUUCCACGUCCGUUUCCGCCAUGGAUCACACUACCACUUCAUCGUAA